UGAAGAGGUUAUGCCCCCCUCUCUCUCUUACAUGCACCCACUCCAACCUUCCCAACUGGCAUUUUUGAUUCAUUCACAUAACAGAGCCGAUGGGAUUGAGGAGAGUGAGGACAAAACAAGCCUAGGACGAUUUGAGUCCGAUUCUCUUUUGGUUUUUUCCACCACAUUCCACACUCCUAUAUCCCUACAUAAACCGGAGCUAGCUCCAAGUUUAGGCAGACACAUUAUUCAAUCACCCCCCCCCCCCUCAUAAUAGUCUGAGUUCGAUAGCUUAGCUAAGCUAGAUAUAUCUAGAGCAAUAGAGACUUUGAAACAGUUCAUAUACAGUCAUCUCUAUAUAUCUAUCAGAGGUAUUGUUGUUCUUUGUGAAAACACAAAGGAAUCAAUAUGAAUGUGUUGGCCUCGGAAUGCAGUAGUGGUUGUGAGUCCGGUUGGACUCUGUACUUAGAGCAAUCUUUUGUUUCUCAACAUCCGAGUGGUUCACGUAGAGGUAAUAGUAAUGGUUUUUGUGAGGAGUAUAAGGAAACAAGAAUUAGCUAUAGUAAUAAGGAUGAAGAAGAAGAAGAAGACCAGUCAAUGGUUUCUGAUGCUUCUUCUGGGCCUCCUCAUUUCAAUGAAGAUGAGGUUUACUUUGAUGAAAACAAUAAUGGGUAUUUUUGUCCUCCAUCCAAAGAUGUUAGAACAUUGAAGUUUGGAGGUAAAAAGCAGAAGAUCAAAGAAAAGGGUAGAUGUGGUGUUCAAGAUCAACAGCAACAGCAACCAUCUUUUCUAGAUGACACUGCUAGCUCCCCUUUUUUCAACAUUUCCAAGAACAAUUUCAUGGUGUCCAAUAAUCAGGCUUCAGGUGAUAGUGUCUUGGAUUUCUCACAAGGUUUCUCAUCAACUCAUUUUCAGGGGAGAUCUGCAUACCAAGACCACUAUGGUUUCUUACAAUCUACUCUACCUGGAAAUCCACUUCAGGAUCAAAACCAGUGGUUUGAAGGGAAUGAGAUAACAAGAUCUUCAUAUCAUCAAUGAUAUCAUCAGUUGCUGCAUGUGUUAGUGCGGAGGUUGUAAAAGUAGAGAUGGAAUUGGAUCUCAAAAAAGGAUCUUGCUCCUUUUUUUUUUUUUUUUCCUUUCUUUCUCUCCUUUUACCUGUCAAUGUGUCAAUGCAGUGGGAAACAACCUAAGAGGAGAAGUUAGAAAUAAAUUUUCAUGCUUCCAAAAUUUAAUUCCAUGUCAACUUGUAGUGGUGCAAGUGAGCUGAAAUUUUGCUCAGUCCAAGAAAAAAGGAAAAGGAAAAGAAAAGUUGGAACUUUCAUAUAUGUAGGCAGUUUCUGUGUGACCAUUGCAGCUAACACUUAUUUCUUAUGGAUCAGCCAAUAAUGAACAGCAUGGAUUGGAUAAA